CAAACCCUUACCUCAGUUUGUUCGAUCAUCAUUAUGAACAAUGAAGACUAUUCAACCCACAUUCUUCUCUUCCCAUUAGUCUGAUUCACACAUACAGCUACACUUUUUAUUUCUUAUAUACUUGUACUCUUUUUGCCUUUUUUCAACCAAAUUCCUUCAUUUUCCCUUCUUUUUCUACAAAGAAGAAGAAAUUCUUGAAUUGAGAUCUCCUGCUGUUGGGUCCAACUCCAAUUUGUGCAAUUGAAGCAAAACAUCCAGUUUUGUUCUUGCAAAUCUAGUUGUUGCUGAAUCUAGUAGCCUUCUUCUUUAGAAGUAUUACAUAUGAGUGGGGGCUCAGGUGGAAGUACUGACCUUGAUAGUCAGUCAGAUGACAGCUCUCUAGUCGAGAAGCUGCAUGUAGAGCCUAUAUUCAGCCCAUUUGUUUGCCCUUUAACAAACCAGCUGAUGCGAGACCCAGUAACCAUAGAAAACGGGAAUACUUUUGAACGGGAGGCAAUUGAGAAAUGGUUUAGAGAGUGUAAAGAAAGUGGAAAGAAGCCUACUUGUCCAUUAACUUCAAAAGACCUAAAAAGUACAUAUUUGAAUCCUAGUAUAGCGCUGAGGAACACAAUUGAAGAAUGGAUUGCCAGGAAUGAAGCCGCACAGCUUGAUAUGGCACGGAGGUCAUUGUCGGCGGACGCUUCUCCUAAGGACAUUCUUAAAGCUUUGAGACAUGUUGAAUGUAUUUCUAAAGAAAGCAGAUCAAAAUCAAACAAGAAUGCCGUUCAUAAUUCACAGGUAGUGAAUUCAAUUGUGGAAAUGCUUAGAAACAGUAGUAGGAAAGUUCGAUGUAAAGCCUUGGAAACUCUUCGGGUCAUAGCAGAACAGGACUCGGAUAUGAAGGAAGCAAUGGGUGAGGGAGGCACUGUACGUACCAUUGUCAAACUUUUGUCCCCUCGGUCAUCAGAGAAAGAAAAAGAAGAAGCUAUUUCUUUGCUUUAUGAGCUUUCCAAAUCUCAGAAUCUUUCUGAGAAAAUAGGCUCAAUAAAUGGCGCAGUUAUUUUCUUAGUGGGGAUGACCGGCAGUAAUUCUGAAAAUGUUUUAACUGUUGAGAAAGUUAAUAAAACACUAGAUAAUCUAGCUCAGAGUGAAAGCAAUGUGCGACUGAUGGCUGAAAAUGGUAGACUUCAGCCCCUUCUAACACUCCUUCUUGAAGGAAAUCCUGAUACUAAAUUAUCGAUGGCUUCAUUUCUUGGUGAGCUGAGUCUUAACAAUGACGUCAAAGUGCAGGUAGCUAAAACAGUGGGUUCAUCACUUGUAAAUCUCAUGAAACGUGAUGACAUACAGUCUAGAGAAACCUCCUUGAAAGCAUUAAAUCAGAUUUCAUCGUAUGAUGCAAGUGCUAAGGUAUUGAUUGAAGCCGGGAUUCUUCCUCCUUUAGUGAAGGACCUAUUCGGUUUUGGUGUGAAACAACUCCCCAUGCGAUUGAAAGAGAUUUCAGCUACUAUUCUCUCAAAUGUUGUGAAUUCAGGUUAUGAAAUUGAUUCAGUUAUAAUAGGGCCUGAAAACCAGACCUUAGUUUCUGAAGAGACGAUACACAGUUUCCUUCACCUUAUCAGCAAUACAGGUCCUUCAAUUGAGCGCAAACUCCUCCAGAUUCUUGUUGGACUAACCAGUCCCAAGACUGUUGAAAAAGUGGUUGCUGCCAUCAAAAGUUCUGGUGCCACGAUCAGUUUGAUCCAGUUCAUCGAGGAGCGAGAUUUGCAGUUAGCUGCUGUGAAACUUCUGCAUAAUCUCUCACCUUUAAUGGGCCAAGAAUUAUCUGAUGCUUUACUUACUGCCGGCCAGCUUGGGGCCCUUAUUAGAAUUAUAUCAGAGAACAAUGGAAUCACUGAGGAGAAGGCUGUGGCAGUUGGCCUAUUGGCUAAACUUCCUGAGAUCAAUACUUCACUUACUCGGAGAAUGUUUGAAGAAGAUACUUUCAGACUUAUCAUAUCUAGAAUCAAGAGAAUCUGGCAUGGAGAGGCAAGGGGUGGCCGUUUUAUGACUCCUUACCUAGAAGGGCUAGUUCGUUCUCUUGCUAGGGUUACAUAUGUGCUAGCUGUAGAUCCUGAAUCAAUGGCUUUCUGCCGUGAUCAAAAUCUUGGAGGGAUAUUUACUGAGUUGCUUCAGGCAAAUGGGAUUGAAGAUGUUCAAAAAGCUUCUGCUUCGGCAUUAAGGAACAUUUCUUCACAAUCAAAAAACUUGACAAAAAGGCCGGAGUUCCCUCCACCCACUAUGUGUGCUUCAAUCUUCUCCUGUCUUAGAAAACCUCCCCAAAUAUCGGGAUUAUGUCCCGUUCAUGGAGGCCUCUGUUCUUUGAAGGAGACGUUUUGCCUUGUUGAAGGUCAUGCCGUUGAAAAGUUGGUAGCUCUUCUAGAUCACACAAAUGAGGGUGUUAUUGAGGCAUCCCUUGAUGCUUUAUCCACUUUGCUGGAUGAUGGACUUAAUAUUGAAGAAGGUGCUAUGAUAUUGCAUAAAGCCGACGGAACCAAACCCAUCCUCGAUGUUUUGGUGGAGAAACGAACAGAAAACCUAAGGAAGACGGCAGUUUGGGUGGUGGAGAGGCUUUUACGGAUUGAUAAAAUAGCUUUAGAUAUAUCGAAUGAUCAGAAUGUUGGAACUGCACUUGUCGAUGCUUUUCAACAUGGAGAUUAUCGCACACGACAAAUUGCUGAGCGUGCAUUGAGGCAUGUUGACAGGAUCCCAAACUUCUCUGGGAUAUUCCCCAGCGAUGGCUAGUAUCAAGUAUGUGCCACCUUUUGCCAUUGUUUUGAUUCCAGGGAAUUUUUCAUCUUGAGCAUUGUAAGGGAUUGGAAACGGUUGCAUAAAUAAUUGUAUUUGUUGUGAUUGAUGUAACCACACAAUGAAUGCAUUGUCAUGUGGAUUUAUCUAUCCCUUGCAAUAGUACUAUAUUUGUUCAUUUUUCCUUUUCUUGUGCUAUAUAUAUGUGUAAGGUAGUGUAGUAUUGAGUCACAACAGAUAAUGAAAUACAAGAGAAAAAGAUAUAAGUUUAUCUCUUA